CCUCUUGUCUCUCUCUCCGCCCUUCCCUUCCUCUUCGCCUUCGUCCUUCCUCCACCACCACCACCAUCACCACCACAUUCCUCUGUAGAUGGAGGAGGAGAGAAGGGCAACAGGCGGAGGGAGCAAGGAAGAAAUCCAUUAGCAAAUUCGAAUACAAACCGUGUUCUGUUUUUUCAAUUUUUUUUUUCUUUUGUGGUUUGUUGAGGGGGUUAGUGAUCGAUCGGCAGCCAUGCAUGUCAUGAGGCGUCUCAAGAGCAUUGCCUCCGGCCGGUCUUCCUUUUCCGAUCCUAAUGGAGAUUCUGGAGCCAAAAGGGCAAAGUUUGACCGGGAAGGGCAAGGCAAGGUGGUGGCAGCACCAGAUUCUGUUGAACAUAAUGACGUGACCCUGCAUCAGCCUUUACCUGCUACAUCUUUGGUGGUUGAUACAGCUAACACUGAGAUAACAGAUUGUGGAUUCACUGGGAAGAAUGAAGACGCUGGUGUUGAACAGCUUCCAAAGGAAAUGCAUGAAAUGAAAUUAACCGAUGAUAAAGUUGACCAUCAGGAUGAUAAACCAUCUCAGAGUGCUGAGGUGACUGUUGUGAGUGGAAAUGGCACUGAAGCAGGUCAUAUCAUUAAAAUAACUAUAGGUGGUGAAAACGGCCAGCCAAAACAGACAGUAUCAUACAUGGCAGAGCGUAUUGUUGGAACUGGUUCUUUUGGUGUUGUCUUUCAGGUCAAGUGCCUAGAGACUGGUCAACAGUUUGCUAUAAAGAAGGUUCUACAAGACAGAAGAUACAAAAACCGUGAAUUACAAAUAAUGAAAUUGAUGGACCAUCCUAACGUCGUAAAGCUGAGGCAUUGUUUCUUUUCAACCAACGAAAAAGAUGAGUUGUACCUUAAUCUUGUGCUUGAAUAUGUGUCCGAGACAGUUUAUCGAGUUUCCAGGCAGUAUUCCAGGAUGAACCAGCGUAUGCCAAUCAUAUAUGUACAGUUGUAUACUUAUCAGAUCUUAAGAUCGUUAGCUUACAUUCAUGGUGUUCUUGGUGUGUGUCAUCGUGACAUAAAGCCACAGAAUUUAUUGGUUAAUCCUCACACUCACCAACUGAAGCUUUGUGAUUUUGGGAGUGCAAAAAUGCUGGUGGCAGGUGAACCUAAUAUAUCAUAUAUAUGUUCACGGUAUUAUCGAGCCCCAGAGCUGAUAUUUGGAGCUACAGAAUAUACAACCGCUAUAGAUAUGUGGUCUGCUGGCUGUGUUUUAGCAGAGCUUCUCCUAGGACAGCCUCUCUUUCCAGGUGAAAGUGGUGUUGAUCAAUUAGUGGAGAUUAUUAAGAUUUUGGGGACCCCAACUAGAGAAGAAAUUCGCUGCAUGAAUCCAAACUACACAGAUUUCAAGUUCCCUCAGAUUAAAGCUAAUCCAUGGCACAAGGUCUUCCCUAAGAAGACAUCUCCUGAUGCUGUUGAUCUUGCCUCGAGGUUACUCCAGUACUCCCCAAAUAUGCGAUUAACUGCUUUGGAAGCAUGUGCGCAUCCCUUCUUCGACGACCUGAGAGAUCCUAAUGCCCGCUUGCCAAAUGGUUGCCCAUUUCCUCCGCUUUUUGACUUCCAGCCGCAAGAGUUGGAGGGUGCUUCUCCUGAGCUGCGCCAACGUCUCAUCCCAGAGCAUGCAAGGAAAUGAGUGCCUUUUUCUAGCACUCGGUGUCCCUGUUGUCCUAGAAUAUCUCAUAGUGCUCGGUUGCUUUAAGCAGAGAAGAUCAUUCUGGUGGAAGGUAGAAUAACGUGGUGUCCAUAAGCUUUCUUUCCCUUUGCUGUUGGAAGGGUAUGUUGAGAGCAAGAUAAAAAGAAAUGGAGGGGCGGCUGCCCACUGCGAAUUUGAUGGUCAGGUGAAUGCAACCGCAAUGUGUAAUGUCCUCAAUUGUAUGUGCUGUACUCAUAGAUUGCUGAGCUUUUCUUUUUUCUCUUUUUUUUUUUGCCAUUUUGUCCUUGUAAUCUAUAUUUUGGAAUAGAUGAGAGCAUCAUUACCACUUGUACGCCUCUCAUCUUGGAUGUUAACGUGUAGAAUUUCUCAAUCUAAUGGAAGUUCUCUGUCUCA